AGACCUUUACCAUAAAUGCAAGAGGUACUUUCGUUUGUAAGUAUUUGAAAUGAAGAGUACGCUGGUGCUAUGAGAAAUAAAACCUCUUAAAGCAUCAAAGUUAAAACAUUCAGGUUCUAAGACAUGGUCUGGUUUAGUUUUCAUGAAAAAUUUCAGAUUUUCCAUGGGUGUAUUGUUUAAUGAAAACUAUGGAUUUUAAGGGCACUAAAUUUGAAACUACAAGUUUAAGUUUUGAUGAACUUCUUGUUCAUAAAAGACCAAACAGGGGUCGGUUGUGGAAAUAGGCCAAAAUUGGGCUUAUCCGUGAGCGCCCCCGCAUGGUUCCUCAAGUCAAGAUUUUCAUCAUGCUCCUCUUGCUCUUUAACUUCUCGGUUUCAGGCAGAGCUGACAUCUUCAAGGAUGGAAUGGAGCUCACCCACUCAAGUGGUCAUGCGAUGCUGAAAGUUGGGAGAAAGCUUCUCGUUUCACCAGAUGAACUGUUGGAUUACCCGCAGCCAAGGCCGAAUCCACGUCAUACCCCACCUCCACCUCCUUCAGCUUAGGGAUAUGAGUUCUUGUAAAAUCCCUUGGCAUAUAGAGAGAGAGUGAUGACCUGAUGUGUUUCUUACGAGUGUGAGAGAGAGAGAGUUUUAUGUUCUUAGGUUUAAAAACCAUGAUCAAAAUGGAAUAAAAUGUUAGAAACUGAAUAUGGUUGCAAUUACUGCACAUAUUACAUCAGCCAUUAUCGCAUCGUUAAUCAAAACU